CAAAACAACAAUCCGCCCAUUCUCAGACGAUGGAUUGAGCGCAAACACAUACACACGUCCUUACAAUUUGCGCCACAUUGCUCGUUAUUGGAAUUGUACCCGCUGGAAUGAGCGCUGCGCUUCGCAUGCCGCUGCGGGCCUACGCCAAUCCCGCCACGGUUAUCGGACAAUCGUUCAAAACUUCGAUCUCCGCCGGCGCAUCUUUCCAUACAUACUCGAAAUCAGUCCUAAGCACGCCUUCCCCAUGCGCAAAUUUUGCCAAGUCAUGGAGUCCUCGACAGGAGUGGGCAAAGUCGAUUUCGGUUUCUUCGAAGCGAUCUCUUGCCACGAGGUCGUCGCUCCUUUCCGCUGAUGCCUCUAGUGUGAAAGGUAGUGCCGAGCAGGUCAAGUCGAGCCCCGCACGGAGAAAUUAUGUCAAGUAUUUGGUUAUCCUGGGGUUGCUUAGUGCUGGAGCUUUUGCGUUUUCGGACAACGUCAAGCAUAUCUACGGGGCGGCGAGAAGAAGUGGUCGCGUGGUGGGCACUCUCGCCGUGUGUAUCAAUGACUACCGUGUCACCCUCAACCAAGCCGCCGUUGCAUCACCCGAAGACUAUGACGCCCUAAUCCGCGCAUGCCACAAGCGUUGUGCGGAGCGUACCCUGCGCGUGCUGGAGAAGAAUGGUUCAAUUUUCAUUAAGCUUGGCCAGCAUCUUAGCAGCAUGGGUUACCUUCUCCCUAUUGAAUGGACCUCGACCUUUAUCCCGCUCCAGGACAAAUGCCCCGUCUCGUCAAUCGAAUCAAUUGCAGAGAUGUUCAAGAAAGACACUGGCCAGACAAUCGACGAACUAUUUAGUUCGUUCGAGCCUACUCCCAUUGGUGCCGCCUCUCUCGCCCAGGUGCAUAUUGCCACGCUGAAAGAAACUGGUCAAAAGGUCGCGGUCAAGGUGCAACAUCCUGCUCUUGCUGAGUGGGUGCCGCUGGACUUGUCGUUGACUCGUUUCACAUUUUCGAUGCUGAAGCGUUUCUUCCCGGAAUAUGAUCUCGAGUGGUUGUCGCGAGAGAUGGACCUUUCUUUGCCUGUGGAAUUGGACUUCCGUAUGGAAGCUCAGAAUGCUACCGUUGCUAGCGAGUAUUUCAAGAAGCGCUCCGAUGCGCCAUUGGUCAUUCCCGAAGUGAUGUGGUCGCAAAAGCGUAUUCUCGUCAUGGAAUUCAUCGCUGGCCGCCGCCCCGACGACCUCGCCUUCCUAGACGCCAACAACAUCGACCGCGACGAAGUCUCCGCCGCAUUCGCCCAUAUCUUCAACGAAAUGAUCUUCGGCGACGACGCGCCGCUACACUGCGACCCGCAUGGCGGUAACAUCGCCAUUCGCCCGAACCCGAACCGCCGACACCCCAACUUUGAUAUCAUCCUGUAUGACCACGGUCUAUACCGCAACAUCGACCGCGAUCUGCGCCGCAAUUACGCCAAGCUGUGGCUGGCCGUGAUUGACGCCGACGUGCCCCGGAUGCGCGAGUAUGCCUACAAAGUGGCCGGUGUCACGGACGAGCAGUUCCCACUCUUUGCCAGCGCCAUCACCGGUCGUGACUACAGCGUGUUGACAAAGAAGAACGUUGCAUCUGCACGCACCGCCGACGAAAAGAAGGAGGUUACCACUGCUUUGGGCGAGGGCAUGUUGCAGCAGCUCGUCGUGUUGCUGGGCCAAGUCCCGCGCAUUAUCCUGCUGAUCUUGAAGACGAACGAUCUUACCCGCAGUCUCGAUGAAAACCUGCACACCCGCCAGGGCCCUAUGCGCACAUUCCUCAUCCUAGCACGGUACGCCACCCGCACCGUCUUCGAAGAGCAGAUGGAGUCCAUCCGCGACUCGGGUGGUAUCUUCCGGAACUUCUUCCAUUUCCUGGCUGCGUGGGCUGGUUUCCUUCGCGUUGAAGUGAGACUCUCCGUUUUCGAGACUGUGCUAUCGCUGAAGAGCCGUCUUGGUUUGCGCACUGGCUUUUAAAAAAUGUCGCUGGUACGUGUGCUAGGUAACGUGGGUUCGGUUGUCGAUGUAAAUAUUCCCUGGGAUUUUUGUUUAGGGGCACGGAUUGUCUUGACCGGUCUAUCUGUGCAUCAGCGAUGGCGUUUACGUUGACUUGUUCUUUUUUCCUUUUGGUUCUGGUUCCUGGACGGGGUGAUUCUCGCUCGGUAGUCCCCCCUCUUCCUUUGUUCGGUCUACUGUCCUGGUCUGUCGUGGCUCUUCGCUGAGCUACUGAUAAUGGACAGCUUGUAUAGAUACAUUUGUUACAGACACUUAGAAGAUAUAGACGAUUACAUCUUUUCAGCGAGCAAAAUUCUACUGAAGAUCACAAAAGGGUACAGAUCUACAAAGAAAACUGCUACGAAAGUCCAGAAAAGUUCUGAUAUCAUCGUUUCGUUGAAACUAUCACAGUCCCACGCUUUUCAGAAUAGAGUAUCGAUCGAGGAUCCCACAUACCAAGGCGCCAGCACAGAAAGAAUAAAAAGAGAAAACAUAUGGGUGUUCUGUAAACCAUAAAGAACCACGAGUAAGAAAAAAAAAGAGAAAUUCUGUACAGCAAACAAAUGUGCAGAUUUGUUUGAGAAAGUAAAAAAAAAUCCACCCAUCAUCCCAAGACAGGACCUUACCGACUGACUGACUGACUUGACGUUCUUCAAGUCAGGUUCAGGCGUGUCCGGUCAGGUUGUCCGAUGAUCAAAGCCAACUCGACUCCAUCUCCGUCCGACCGUUUUGCCUGCUCUGCAUUUCGGAGUGGGGACAUGCGCGUAAACUACUGAGUGGGAAUAUCCUCGAUCAAAUGAUUGUACUGGUGACAAUGUUCUCGAAGGGCAGAGGGGGGGUGCUCGUAAAAUGAAUGUCUUGUUUGGCAGGCGAGGUCCUGUCCCGCUUUACAGAGAAGCAGCAGGGCUGCCAGCGGUGGGCUGGUCGAUAUCAGCCAUGGAGGCGCCCGUCCCGGAGAGGUCGGUGGACCGGGCCUUGGGGUUCUUGGUGUAGUAGUCGGAGAUGGCGGACUUGAUAGCAUCCUCAGCGAGCAUGGAGCAGUGCACUGUAAACGGCAAAGUUAGUACAAUCAUCGUUGUAUUAUAGAUUCGGGAGAGGUUGUCACAUACACUUGACGGGAGGCAAGCAGAGCUCCUUCGCCACAUCAGUGUUCUUGACCUUGCCGGCCUCUUCCAGGGUCAUUCCGCGGACGAGCUCGGUCAGAUAAGAUGACGAAGCGAUAGCACUACCACAACCGAAGGUCUUGAAGACAACAUCAUCAAUGCGACCAGACUCCUUGUUCACACGAAUCUGGAGCUUCAUGACAUCGCCACAAGCGGGGGCACCGACGAGACCGGUACCAACGUCCUGGUCACCCUUCUUCAUGGAUCCGACAUUCCGGGGGUUGUUGUAGUGGUCGAGGACCUUCUCGUGGUAGCUUCUCCGCUGGGUCGGGGCAGGGGUCUGACGCUGAACGGGCUGGACGGACUGCAGGCCUGCGAGGGGAGCGAAGGCACGGGGUGCCGCAACGCCGACGCGGGGGGCGACGGUGACGAGACGCUUGAACAUUGUUGUGAUUGAGUUUGAGUGGUUGAGGGGAUAUCUGGAUGUGUUCUGUUGUUCUGUGUGUGUUGUGGUUGAUGGUUGAAAGGUGGUUUGGUGAAGGUAGGUUGGAUG